UACACAGGAUGUGCAGUCCAACUAUUUUUUUUUUAUUUUUUGUCUCAGCAGAGUUUUCCCUGCUGACCAUCAUGUGCUACGACCGCUACGUGUCCAUCUGCAAACCCCUGCACUAUGGGACCCUCCUGGGCAGCAGAGCUUGUGCCCACAUGGCAGCAGCUGCCUGGGCCAGUGGCUUUCUCAAUGCUCUCAUGCACACAGCCAAUACAUUUUCCCUGCCCCUCUGCCAGGGCAAUGCCCUGGGGCAGUUCUUCUGUGAAAUCCCACAGAUCCUCAAGCUCUCCUGCUCACACUCAAACCUCAGGGAACUUGGGCUUCUUUGUUUUUCUUUCUGUUUAGCACUUGGUUGUUUUGUGUUCAUUGUUUUCUCCUAUGUGCAGAUCUUCAGGGCUGUGCUGAGGAUCCCCUCUGAGCAGGGACGGCACAAAGCCUUUUCUACCUGCCUCCCUCACCUGGCUGUGGUCUCCCUGUUUAUCAGCACUGGCACAUUUGCCUACCUGAAGCCUCCCUCCAUCUCUUCCCCAUCCCUGGAUCUGGCCCUGUCAGUUCUGUACUCAGUGGUGCCUCCAGCCUUGAACCCCCUCAUCUACAGCCUGAGGAACCAGGAGCUCAAGGCUGCAGUGUGGAGAAUGAUCACUGGAUGGUUUCAGAAACUGCUUACCAAUUUCUGCAAAUCACUUGUAAUAAAGUGA